AGGAGAAGUUCAGCCCACUUCCUCCUGGCCUUUUCAGUGGAGGAGCUAAGCGACCGCCUGUCACUUCAACUUCACUUUUAGUUUACAUUCCGUCAGAAGAGCAGCUGCGAAAAUGUCGAAGAUCAACCUGUGUUUCAAGAGGAUUUUUGUCUUCUUUAACGUGCUUUUUGCGAUACUGGGGGCUCUGAUUCUGAGCUUGGGCUUGUUGGCACAUGUCCAGCUGCAUGAGGCGGGGGGGAACAAGCUGACUGGAGUCAUUGUGUUGGUGGUUGUUGGGUUUGUCAUCUUCAUCCUCUCAGUUCUGGGAGCUUAUGGAGCUCAGAAAGAGAACAGAAACGUUCUUAUUGCGUUUUUUGUCAUCAUGUGUAUGGGGACCAUCUCUCUUUUCCGCAUGGCCGUUCAAAUCGCCAUCUCCCGGGAACAGGUGAUUUCGGAGUUCCAGAAGUUAGGCCAUUUGGAUCAAGCUGACUCAGAUAUAAAGAAUACCAUGGAGUUACUUCAACUAAAUGCCAAGUGCUGUGGACUCUUUAAUGGCUACAAGGACUGGGGGAAUGAAGUUCCUACUUCGUGUAAUUGUGAAGACACCAAGCAUGAUCGAUGCCAGGUCUACAGCAGUGAUGAAAACCAGGGCGUCUUCUCACAGCCAUGUGGCCCCAUAAUCCUGGGAUAUUUGAAUACAGCUCUGAACAUCACCCUUGGUGCAUUCAUUGGUUUCGGUGUUCUAUCUUUGUUAGCAGCUGUGAUGUCCCUGGUGAUGAUUAUCCGUAUUACUGCUCCCACUGUCAGCCCUCCAGCCAUCUUCGAUCUCAACUAUAAACCACCAAAGUACUCUGAGCUUGUGCCAUCUGCCUAGUCAAUGCAGUGUGCUCUCUGAGGUCUGUUUCAUUAUUAAGCAUUUAGCCCCAAAGAGCUGAGGUUGAUUUGAUUGUAACAAACUGCACUUACGUUAUCUUUGACACAACAACCUGUUCUUUUCAGCUGAAAGAUCGGCUUGUGUUUACAUGACAGUCAUAUUAUUCUAUAUUCUUACCUGGUUUAAAGCUUUAGUUUUGAUACCUGUUUGCUCUGAUACCUGUUCACUGAGACUAAAUCAUCAUACACAUUGGUCACAUCAGAUUUUCUAGUCAAGAGAGAAUGUGUCAAUAUAUUUCCAGCACUUAACUGUUUUUAUACAUACUGUGUAAUGGUGUGACUGUAAUAAUGAGCAGUUUCUACAAUAAAUGUUACAAUAACCA